AUGGCCGAAUCAAGCGAUUCUGGCGAACCUCUUCCUCGACCGAACAGCUUCAACACCGGCACUGAACUCGUCUUACACACAGCUUAUUCUCGGUGUCUCGAUUUCGAAACGAAUGUCUUGGCCAAUCCUGCCGCCCUCCCACAAACGGGCAAGCUCUCACCCCUAAUUUGCGCUCGCCUUAUCGGGCGGCUGCUGCUCGAGGCACCGACUGACGACGGUCGCGCAAAUGUCGCCUCGGAGAUCGUGCGGUGUCAGGACGAUACCAAUCUCCAGAACAUGGCGAAUCUCUACAAGGACCACUUCAUCAGGUGCUUCUACAAAACAAACGGUCGCACUCCGGCACCUUCGUCUCAUCCAUCCGCACCAUCGUUUGACCUCAAAAAAGAUGAAAUUCGUGCCCUGUUGCUCGCAACUCCGUCUUCCCAUGACGUAGCCAAGGCGCAAGCCCUGGAACGUGACGGGUAUCGAUGCAUCAUUUCGAGACGGCUCGACUCCGGAUCUGUGUUUGCAGGGCUUGUUCUCGACGACGGGGUGAGUAUGGGAGUGGUCACCCAUUGUGCCCAUAUCUUCGAUAGAUCCACAAAUGAGAAUUUCGAUGAUUCCGCAAAGGAGCCCUAUGCAGCAUCUGUGCAUGCUAUACUGGAUCGGUACGGCGGUAUCAACUCCUUUCAGGAACUCAACGGCGCAAACAUACAUCGCCUUGAGAACAUCCUGACCUUAGAUACCAAUAUUCACACAUCCUUUGACCAACUGAAGCUCUGGCUGAAGAAAAUUCCUGAUGGUUCCAAUAGCAGCUACACCGUGGAGGCUCCGUCUUCCAGUCGAUUUCUUCUUAGGAUUCUUCCUAGCACUCAAGUCGACUUCACCACAUCUGACCCAGUAAAGCGCCCUCUGCCCGACCCUCGUUACCUCAAGCUCCACGCGGCUUGUGCCCGUGUCGCCCAUCUGUCAGGUGCAGCAGAGUACAUCGACCAGAUUUUGCGCGAGGAGGAAGUCACAAAGGUUUUGGCGGUCGAUGGGGGCUCGAGCGAGCUCUUAAACCACAUACUCAUGCAUCGUCUGGGUAUCACGGCUCAUUAG